GCCCAGACUGGUCUUGAACCCCUGGCCUCAAGCCAUCCUCGCACUGUGGCCAUCCAAAAGUGCUGGAAUUUCAGUCAUGAGCCACUGGCACCCAGCCACGGUCUCCUUUUGAAUAUGUUUUUCACGAGACUGAAAAAUCUGCUGAAUCAUUUGUGAGCUAAACAAUUAUUAGCAGAGUCUCCAUUUCACCUGUCAAACUGAGUUUAUAGUUUUUUGAGUUUAUACUCUUGAGCUACCUACCAAUCCCUGGAGGCCUUGGCCUGCUGAGAUGUGAAGAAUUCUCCAGUGUUUCUCUACAGAGUUAGUACUAAAAGGGCCUCAAGUGGGAAAACCUCUUGCUCCCUGAAAUAAAGAUGUCAUCUACCAAUAAUUCACACUUUAUUUCUCCAGUAAAAUGCAUUUCCCUUGAGCCAUUGAUGGCUAGAACUGAGCUAGAACCCAGGAGCUGUUAAGAGAUGGGCCCUGGGCAUUAAGGGGAAUAGGUCACAGUGACUGAACAGUGAGGUCACAGAGAGGUUUGUUGGCCACAGACUCCAUGAGGGAGGGGCCUAGGAGGCAAAGGGGCCCCAGAGGUCCCCCAAGCCUAGGCAGGGGACAUGGUGUGGGAAAGCCAGCAGGCAGGGGGCCAAGGGCCUAGGAGACAGGAGGGCAGGAGCAGGGAGAGGGCAGCCAGGAUAAUGAGGAGAAGCCAGAGACGGAAGCUGCAAAAAUUCACCGGGUUAUGCAGACGGGAGGAGGGGCUCUGGGUGAAGAGAAGCUGCCCUUCUUGUGGCCCGGAGCUUGGGGGUGAAGAGAAGAAGGGGAGAGGGAAUCCGAUUUCUGUCCAGUUGUUUCCCCCAGAGCUGGUGGAACAUAUCAUCUCAUUCCUCCCAGUCAGAGACCUUGUCGCCCUCGGCCAGACCUGCCGCUACUUCCACGAAGUGUGCGAUGCGGAGGGGGUGUGGAGACUCAUCUGUCGCAGGCUGAGUCCGCGCCUCCGAGAUCAGGGUUCUGGAGUCCGGCCCUGGAAGAGAGCUGCCAUUCUGAACUACACAAAGGGCCUGUAUUUCCAGGCAUUUGGAGGCCGCCGCCGAUGUCUCAGCAAGAGUGUAGCCCCCCUGCUAGCCCAUGGCUACCGCCGCUUCUUGCCCACCAAGGACCACGUCUUCAUUCUUGACUAUGUGGGGACCCUCUUCUUCCUCAAAAAUGCCCUGGUCUCCUCCACCCUUGGCCAGAUGCAGUGGAAGCGGGCCUGUCGCUAUGUUGUGUUGUGUCGUGGAGCCAAGGAUUUUGCCUCAGACCCAAGGUGUGACACAGCUUACCGAAAAUACCUCUAUGUCUUGGCCACUCGGGAGCAGCAGGGAGUGGUGGGUGCCACCAGCAGCCGGGCCUGUGACUGUGUGGAGGUCUACCUGCAGUCUAGUGGGCAGCGGGUCUUCAAGAUGACAUUCCACCACUCCAUGAGCUUCAAGCAGAUCGUGCUGGUUGGUCAGGAGACCCAGCGGGCUCUACUGCUCCUCACAGAGGAAGGAAAGAUCUACUCUUUGGUAGUGAAUGAGACCCAGCUGGACCAGCCACGCUCCUACACGGUUCAGCUGGCCCUGAGGAAGGUGUCCCACUGCCUGCCUCACCUGCGCGUGGCCUGCAUGACUUCCAACCAAAGCAGCACGCUCUACAUCACUGAACAGGGGGGAGUGUAUUUUGAGGUGCAUACCCCAGGGGUGUAUCGCGAUCUCUUUGGGACCCUUCAAGCCUUUGACCCCCUGGACCAGCAGAUGCCGCUUGCUCUCUCACUGCCUGCCAAGAUCCUGUUCUGUGCUCUUGGCUACAAUCACCUUGGCUUGGUGGAUGAAUUUGGCCGAAUCUUUAUGCAAGGAAAUAACAGAUAUGGGCAGCUAGGAACAGGGGACAAAAUGGACCGAGGGGAACCCACACAGGUUCGUUACCUGCAGCGGCCCAUCGCCCUGUGGUGCGGCCUCAACCACUCCCUAGUGCUGAGCCAGAGCUCGGACUUCAGCAAGGAGCUGCUGGGCUGCGGCUGCGGGGCUGGGGGCCGCCUCCCCGGCUGGCCCAAGGGGAGUGCCUCCUUCGUCAAGCUCCAAGUCAAGGUCCCUCUGUGUGCCUGUGCCCUCUGCGCCACCAGGGACUGUCUCUACAUGCUAUCCAGCCAUGACAUUGAGGAGCACACCUCCUAUCGUGACCUGCCGGCCAGCAGGGUGGUGGGGACUCCCGAGCCCAGCCUAGGGGCCGGAGCACCUCAGGACCCCGGCGGGACGGCCCGGGCCUGCGAGGAGUACCUCAGCCAGAUCCACAGUUGCCAAACGUUGCAAGACCGCAUGGAGAAGAUGAAGGAGAUCAUAGGGUGGAUGCCCCUGAUGGCCGCACAGAAGGACUUCUUCUGGGAGGCCCUGGACAUGCUGCAGAGGGAUGUGGGAGGUGGGAGUGGGCCCCCAGCCCCUGAGAGCUAGCCCAACCCCUGGAGGGAGUCCGCCCCAGCCAGGGGCUAAGGAGCAAUGACCACUCUGCGCAUGCGUGUGGGAUGGGGUUGCUAGGGGCUGGGGACCACUAGCCAGGGUAGGGCAGGGAAUU